UAAUUAGGCUGGUAGCCAAGUUACAUGCCAUUUGCUUAUUGUGACUUGGUCAGGCCGUGUGAAAGUUGUGUUAGUUCAAAAUGAGGAUAUUUUUGAUAUUAUUUUCUGCAGCUAUAAUAAUUGCAUUUACCGAUGCCCAACGAAAGCCUAACUUUACCAAACCGGUCGUGAACCUCGAGAAACGACCACGUACUCCACUAUGGCAUCGACCUCCCGAGGAGAGAAGAAAACUAUCCAUUUUCCCAAGAAACAACAUGAAGUUUGUCGUCACCCCUAAACCUAUGAAAAACGAUGAGCCAAAGGAGUCACCAACAAAAAGACCGUUAAUGAGAAAGUUUAUAAUGCAGGACAGGAACGAGAAAGGAACCUGGUCUUUCGCACCAAGGGAGCCUCUCAUGAAGACGCAGAGAUUCACAGUGACUUUGGCACCGCCAAAAUCUAGCAACCAAAAAUCCAUUGACGAAAUGAAAUCUGAAGAAUCGAAAAAGGUUCCAAUUGUGAUUAAUAAUAUAAAAACCAAGCCAGGAUCAAGUAAACAUCAUAGCAUAAACAAAGGGAACCUAAUUGAAUCGAUGAAAAUACAAAAGGACCCUGCUGCCUCUAAACACUUGCACGAAGUUGAUCAAAAUGUUACCAAAGUAGAAAUUACUCAAACAACCAAGGUAAAUGACACACAAGAUUCCCAAAUGGAUCAAAAGAAUGAUAAAAAAACUAGAGCAACAUCUGGCGAAGACUUAAUCCAUGUACGAAGUUUCAACGAUGACGAUGUUGUUUUGGAUGCAAACAAAACUAAUAUAAACAAGGACCAAAAUGAACAGAAGGUUCCCAAUAAAUCAACUGAUAAUCUUGAUACACAGGAUUCGGAAGACAUCGUUGAAAAUAGAGCAGUAGAUUUAAAUGAAAUUAGAUAUCCGAUUGACCAUGACAAUAAUUCAUUAAACAUGGACAGUGAAGGAGCUAACUAUCAUCAAGCAGGACAGAUUGUAAACUUCAACGACCUUGAAAUCAUGUUAGAAAAAAUUGUAAACAAUACUGAAGAGUCAAAUAUUAGCUCAACAUCCGACUUGAAAGACAAUGGUGCUGCCGUCAUAUUAAAUGACGAAACCAGUAUAGAUGAAAUACCUCAGUUUGAUAUUACAAAACCGAACGAAUUUUAUGAUGUUAUAACUGUCAGCACUGAAAAUAAAGACAAUACUAAUAUUAAAGCGCCCCUUAAUGAGGAAAAUGUAAAAAUGCACCCUGCAAGUGAGACCAAUGUAUUAAAUGAAACGGAUAUCAAUGAACACGUAGCUGAUACUUUGAUUGUAGGCAACUUUGAAAACUUCAUCAAUUUUAUCGAGAACGAUACUGUUGGCGCUGCAAAUAGUGAAAUGUAUCAAGAACAAAAAGAAAUUGUAGGUUUAAAUGUGCAAGAAUUUAAAAUAAAUAUAGAUGAUACUUCAAAACAUACCACUGGUUAUCCUACUGAUGGUAAAAUACCUAGUAAUUUAACUAAUCACCAAACAGAAUCACCAUUUUCCAUGGAAGGUAGUAAAAAUAAUUCGGAUACCUCGAACGCGCUAAAUCUUUCACUUGAAAUUUAUGAAUCUAACAUGCCAUUGAGCAUAGAAGAAAUUUCAAGUGAAUGUGAUGAAUAUAAUAAUUGUAAUCAAUUUACGCCUGGCAAAUUAAAUUUAACAAUUGAAGAAACCUCUAAUGAAGAAUUAACUGAUAAUUUGUAUUUCGACGGAAUUUCAAAUAAAUCGACCAGUGGAGUGUCUAACGAAUUCGCAGAAGAGCGUUCUAAUGAGUCACAUAUUAAUAAAUCUGACAACGUCAGUAUUGAACAAAUUUCAAAUGAAUCGUCUUCUAAUAUAGCAGGCGAAGAAUCUAAUGAGUCUUAUGCAGAUAAAUAUAACAAUUUAACCGAUGAAAUUGUUAGUGAAUCUUUAAUAUCAUCUGAUAAUUUCACUGGAGAGCAAUUUUCAAAUGAGUCAUCUUCAAAGAUGGCUGGGGAAGAGUUAUCAAAUGAAACCUUUGCAGUCAUAUCUAUCAAUUCUGAAGAGAUUUCAAGGGAUUCGAUGAUUGAAAACUUUAGUAGUUUUUCUGGUGAACAAAUCUCAAAUGAGUCAUCAAACAUAACCGAAGAGGAAACAUCGAACGAGUCUUAUUUGGUCGAUGAUAAUAUUAACGAAAGCAUUGAAACCGCUGACUAUUUAACAAAAGAACAAUCCUCAAAUGAAUCAUCAUCAAAUACGGCUAGCGAAGAAAUAUCAAAUGAGUCUUAUUUAAUUGGGAAUUUUUCAAAUGAAAGCAUCGACACAUCCUACAAUUUGACUGAAGUGUCCGAGGAAUUGUUGAGUGAGAAUUCUGACAAUGAUGAAAGGAUAUCUGACGAGUUAGUGGCGAGUGAACAAGGAACUAGUACAGAGGAGAUUGCAGAGGAGGCAUUGAUUAAUAGAUUUAAAAGGAGCAAAAAUAUAAUUGAAGAAGAAAACUUGCCGACAACCGUCAGUGGAUUUAAAUACACGGGCCACGAAGUCAGACUAAAUCAUGAUUUGAGUUACAAGAAUAUCAACGCCUGAAGAAAACCGCGGAGCAAUUCAUCGACAGUGUAAAUAUAUUCAUAGUAGGAGUUAUUUUUGCUUCGGUUAGAAUAUAAUGUAUGUGUAGGCCGAUCUAAAAAUCUUAAUUAUAACAAAAUAUAUUUACUAGACCUUAAUGUCAGUGUCUUAGAGCGGAUCCUUUUUUUUUGCAUAAUUAUUGAAAGUCAUAAUGUAAUGAUAGUCAUAUUAUCAUUAGUCAUAACUCUGAACCCGUUAAUUUUUCAGGAAUUGCCUCAGGUUAUCCUAUAGAUAGGUUAGGUUUGUUUUAUGGCAAUCCUGAAAAAUUACGCGUUUAUGAGAAAAACCAAAUUAUGGGUAAUGAAAAUGCGGUCAAACAAUACAUUAUGACUUAAAACUUGACCCCGUCUUAGAGGCGUGUAAACAUGUUUUUGGAAAGUUGACUGGUACAGAUGUUUGUUAACCCGACUGAACCUACUUUUUAAAAUGAAUUACCUUACUUUGCAUACUUAAACCAUAUUUUUAGAUUUUCAUUAACUUAACUGAGAAACGCAAUAUCUUUCGAUCCUAACAAGAAAAAAAGUGUCAUAAGGUUAAUUAUAUAAUUGUUCCUUUCAAUGGACGAUAAGAAAUAUUUAUUUGUGUGGUGAUAAAUGUCGUUUUUAUUGUAUAGGCGAGUAACGAACAGUAAAAUGUAUGUCACCUUUGAACUUUCAAAUGAUAUUUAAAAGUGACAAACUUUUGGUUUUUAUUAUCUUGAAACUCUGUAACUUCAUAUUUUGAUAAAACUCUGCUGUCAAAUAUUGCUGUAUAUGCCUAGCAUGUUUCUAGGUUUCAGAAAUUAUUAGUAGUAAGUAAACUAAUUUUAUAUAAUUAUCCUGUUACAUGAAUCUUGUUUAACCUUUUGAACGCCAAGAACACCUAAAGUCGUCGUUACUAGUCGUUCCCACAGCGCCAAGGACAACUAUAGGUGUUAUGGCGGACGCUGUUAAAGUAACCUUUACACUUUCUAGUAAGGUUAACAUUAGCUUGCUUGCGACCUGGACCUAGGCGUUUUUGUUUACGACAUAAAGCGUUCAAAAGGUCAAAUAAAAUAUCCAUCAUAGAUCAUAGUACGUAAAUAUUCUGUAGUUGUUUGAAAUUUAAUUUAUUACCAAGUGACUUUAGUUUAAUUACGUUGUCUAGUGUUAAGUUCAACUAAAUUUUAAAUAAAACAAACUAGUUACAUGUAUAA